AUGAGACUGAAUAAGAAUUUUAGGCGAUUUGGACCUCUAAAUGCAUCUGAGACAGAAAUUAAUAGAGAGAUUGCUUUCAAUAGUGCUGAAAAGUUCAACAUAUUUGGAUCAGUUCUCCGUGACUUUGCUAGAGCGGUCUUGUGUGAAGAUGGAAGAAAAGUAAAGUUUCUGGCAGAGGGAAACUGGGGAAUUCGCAAGGUUUACGGGGCAGCGCCACAUGAUCUGGGGACAUAUGAUCCGUGCAAGUGGAAGGACUUGAAUCCGAAGUUUGUUCUUCAGGUGUAUCGAGAUUUUGCUGCAACAAGUGAUUUGCAAUUUAGAAUUGAUGUGUGGCCUGCUGUUCGGGCUGCAAUGGAGUACAUGGACCAAUUUGAUAGAGAUGGCGAUGGUCUUAUUGAGAACGAUGGUGGAUCAAGUGGUAACAGUAAAUCCAUUCAAGCAGAUCAAUUGGCUGGGCAAUGGUAUACUGCAUCCUCAGGACUUCCCUCCCUUUUUGAGGAUUCCAAAAUCAAAAGUGCUCUCCGGAAGGUUUACGAUUUCAAUGUAAUGAAAGUUAAAGGAGGUAGAAUGGGUUCUGUAAAUGGCAUGCAUCCCAACGGUAAGGUCGAUGAGACCUGUAUGCAGUCUCGAGAAGUAUGGACAGGGGUGACCUAUGGUGUUGCUUGCUGGAAUGGAAGAAGAGGCCUUCAUCACUGCCGAGGGGAUAUUUCUAGCAGGCUGGUAUUGGUUUCAGACUCCAGAGGCAUGGACAAUGGAUGGACACUACAGGUCGCUCAUGUACAUGAGGCCCCUGGCCAUUUGGGGUAUGCAAUAUGCAAUAAUCGGCCCAAGGCAAUUCUUGAGGCCCCUAAAAUCAAUAUCAUGGACAGAAUCCACUUAUCUCCUGUUAUUGGAGGAUUCUCUCGUAAUGAAACAGAUGUGAGAAAGAUAGUAACAAAAGCAACAUGUUUUAGCAAUUCUGUGUUUCACUCUGCUUGCUGA